UAAAAAGAUAAAACAAAAGAAAUAGUAUUUUUCAGUUCACCUCUUACAAGUACUGUGGUGCAAUCUCUUAAUCGUGAAAGUUGAACUUACAAAUGUAGAAUUGUUUUUACCUGUUUUGGGAUUUUUUAGCCUAACCUAACUGUCCAGAGGACAUGUUUCCAUGCUGAUGACAGGUUCUGCUCAAUAAUGAUCCAAAGCAGUGCAGACCGACGCACGUUCAUUUUCAUCAUCUGAGGCAGAUGCCACUAACAGAAGGUUGAUUUUCUUUUUUGGUGGUUUGGGUUCUGUAGUUUCUGCGUCGGAGUGUUGCUCUUUUAAGACUCUGACAGCAAUUCUGUAAUGGAAGUUCAUGAAAGUGCUAGUGUUAUUUUAUUAAUAGCUUGAAAAUGAAAUAUUAAAUGCCAGAAAGUUAGUACAUGGGCACUUCAGAUUCCCACCCUACCUUAAUUCUGCCUCUGCAUCCCCAUCCACCUUCCACUUCCAUGCUAGAGACUGUCAUGCAUCAUAGCAAAAUACAUCUGCCUUUUUGUUGUAUGAUGUAACCCACACCCGCUCUUCAGGUUUUAGCAAGUACAAAGUAGGUUUCUGUCUCAUGUCAAGAGAGUUCCAGAGCCUGAUUAAUGGCAGCUGGUUAUGCUUAGAAUCUACACCCCAUACUUGAAGACGUCCCCAAAUUUAUCAGCAAGUGGUGGACAGAGGAUUGGUGCUGGUGUAGCAUGUAAGACCCAGACUGAGGGGGCAAAGGAGCAAGAGUACUUAAAUUAGUGACCAACCUCAGGGAAGUAGCUGAGGGAGGGAUACCUGGCAGCCAUGUGCUGUCAAGCAUGGCCUCCACACAAAUCCUACACCCGUCCAUGGGGAAAGGUCAGAAUAAAGACAUCACUGAGGGAAAUGGGAUACUCUGGGAUUUCAGGGCAGUAUGCAAAGAGUGGGUAAGAUGAAGGUAUAUGUCUGGCCUGUCUCAUAGGGGUUGGAUCAAUUCAUAUCAGAAGGGUAAUCUGGAUAGAAUAAAUUCUCCAGCCCUCUGGAACAUGGAGGAGGUUGUCAGCUCUGGACCAUAUUUUUUCUUCUCUUCAUAUCCUUCUUCUGUUCCUGCUCUUUCUCCUGCCUUUAUGCUUGCCCUUUGGACUCUUUGCCUGCCACCCCCUGUUCUCCUUCCUCCUACUACUCCACUUCCUGUCAGUCUAUUAUCUGUCAGAGUUCACAGCUGAGGCAGGAGCAGAUGCAGGCUGGAAUUGGGGUGGGCUAGCUGGGAAACAGCCACAGGUACACACUAGAGCAGGAGCCGCAGUAAGGGCAGUGUUCCCAGAUAAGUAGUAACAUUGAGCAGACUAGAGAGGCUGCUUCCCAGGAGCCUAUGUACCUUCCUUGAGAUCACCUGGUGGGAUCUUGCCUGUGGGUUGGCUGAACGCUGUAGGUAACUGAUGACUCAUUACACUCAAGCAGGCUCAGAGAUAACACAGGGAUGAGACCUCCCACUUUAUCUCCCAAUUCCUCACUCUGACACCCAUCUCUCCCUCUCUGACUCGCCUUCUGCUCUUUUCUUGGAAUCUAGUUUCUUCUCUCACUUCCCCAUCCACUGGCUGGAGAGGAGGACCCUCCUCAUCACUUUCAGAUUCUCUCUUCCCGUACCUCCCCUUCCUAUCUGUCUAGUCUCUCUCUCCCCCUCCAUGGGAUCCUCCAUCACUCUGGCUCCCUCAGUCUCUGUUCCUGUACUUUGAUGACUGGCUCUCUCUAUUCCUGUCCCUGCAACUGACCACCCUCAUUCUGGUUAGUUUGAAUGUUGUAUUUCCAGUCCAGCUGUGGACUAACUCUGCACUGCCUUAUUCAUCAUCUGGCCCUGCUCUUUUCUGAGGGUUCUGUCUUUGACCUCUCUCUGAUCACCACUCUCUCUACAUUGCUCACUUCUCCUCAUCUUCUUUGUCCUAUCCCUUGCUCUGUUCACAGUCUCCAAUCUUUCAUCUCUUUGGACCCUUACAUCCACUAAGCUUAACCAGUUUCUGUGACCUUUGUUUCUCAAAUGUAAGACUGGCCUUGUGGUUAAAGCACAAGACCGUGAUUUUGUAGAACUGGGCUCUAUUCUUAGUUUCCAGGUUGGAGCCAGUAGCAAACUAUUUCCCCCCCAGCGGCAAGGAAGGAGUUACGGUUCCUUCCCUGUGCUCUUGUGGGGGUGACACAGCUACACAUUGUGCCUGUACAUCUUGCUCUGUAUGAAGGGUAACCUCGCUCUGAGGCUCCGAUGUUCAAAACCGGAUAGGUGUAUAAACGCAGCAUGAGGUACUUUAACUCGGUGUGUAAGUGGAACUUCCUCUCCAGCUGGAUUAGGUGGUGGUUGUCUCUGAGGGUCCUGGAUGGCAGCAGCCAGUUCUUGCCAAAAGAAAUCUAUGCACAUAUUUACUGAUUUAAGUGUGAGGUUGUAAAGUGUCUGGAGAGCUUCAGAUAGAAGGUGCUCAAUAAGUGCAAGAGUUACUAAUAUUUCUGUAUCGUCAGGUCACUUUGUAAAUAUGCCCAAUUUGUUGUUAAUGGCAGUUGUAGAACCUUUCAUUUCCUCUGUUGGUAAAACUGUCACUGAGGCAUAUUCUGUACUCACUGCACUCACUAUCCUCCCUGAUCCCUGGAGCUUAACCUUGAAGAGGUUUUAUGCACAAAAAGAGUCGAAGAGAAAGAAUCACAACAUAGUGGCUCUCCUGACACAGCUGUGGAAGCAGACACAUGUGGAAGCAGACAAAAUGACAUCAGAUGUGCAUGGAGACUGCAUGUUAACACAGUUGCCACUUUGGCUUCAAGAAGAGAAAACCACUGAGACAAAACCAAAGAUUUUUUGCCUAUUCGAUUCUUCACAGCGUUUGGAUUUGUGAAACAGUGCUGCAAUGUGGUGGUUUCAGCAAGGCCUCUGUUUCUUGCCUUCGGCUUUGGUUGUUUGGUCAGCCGCUUCUUUCAUAUUUUCAUACAUUACCGCAAUCCUUCUACGUCACAUUGACCCUUUGGUGCCCUACAUCAGUGACACAGGGACAAUACCUCCUGAAAGAUGCUUAUUUGGGAUUAUGUUAAAUAUUUCCACUUUCUUAGGUAUUGCCACUGUGUAUGUUCGCUAUAAACAGGUGUAUGCUCUGAGUCCAGGAGAACUCAAGAUCGCCAGAUUAAAUAAGGCUGGCUUUACACUCGGAAUGAUAAGCUGCUUUGGACUUUGCAUUAUUGCCAACUUCCAGAAAUAUACUCUGUUUUAUAUGCACGUAGUUGGAGCCUGUCUAACGUUUGGAAUAGGAGCCAUUUACAUACUGGUUCAGACUAUUCUUUCCUACAUGAUGCAGCCAAAAAUUUUUUGGAUCCGAGUGAUCGUGUUACUCUGGUGUGGAUCAAGCAUAGCAAGCAUGUUUGUUUCUUCGGUCCUUUUGUACAGUGGCCUGUAUGGAACUGACCUAGUACAGAAGCUGCACUGGAACCCACAGGAGAAAGGCUACAUAGUUCACAUCAUCAGCACAAUCUCAGAAUGGUCUCUGGCUUUCUCCUUCCUCAGCUUUUUCCUCACCUACAUCCGUGAUUUUCAGAAAAUUUCCUUGCGUGCGGAUGUCAGUUUAAGUGGACACAACGUUUGCAAUACGCCCAAUAGCUUUGUGGCUGAUGAACACACACUGUUGAUUGGAGGACGUUUAUAACUAAGUGGGAGAGAAAACACUUUCUCAGCUUUUAUAUCUCAGGAAUUUAGAAAGUAGCAAUAAUACUAACAAUUUAUAUAAGCGUUUGUAUCAAAAAUUCCAUCCAAUUAAAGAGGAGACUAAAUUCAAUCACUUUGACACAUAAAGGGUUUUGCUGUUAACCCACAUAGCAAUGCAAAGGUGAUUAAUAAUCAGUAUUAUCAAUAACCUGUAAUACAUUUCUGCACUUAUACAUUUUAUAGAAUGAAGAAUAAAAUGGACAUUGGAAAGUUG